ACAUGGUAACAAACAAAUCUUAUGCCCCGCAUAAAACACUUUCUUCUUCUUCUUCUUCUUCCCAAUCGAGUUAGGGUUUUGUCCCAAUCGUAAACCCUAAUUCAACAAGUACCGGAAUCGUUUAACAAUGGCGGACGCCGUUUGCAGAGUGUUACGUGACGGAGCACUGGAAGGUGAACACGCAACGUCUCUCACCAUUAACGACUCUGUUGAUUCACCGUUUGGUCCCACUGUCUUCCAUUAUGUUUUCACUCAGCUUUCGUCCUUCAUUUCAUCCGGAAAAUCUCAGUCUCGAGGCAUUGUGCUCGUGACGUUUUCGAGGAGUCCUUCGUUCACAGCUCAAUUGCUUGAAAACAGAGGAAUUGAUGUUGCCGGAUCGCAUGAAUGGCUGAGAGUUUUGGAUUGUUAUACUGAUCCUUUAGGGUGGAAAGAACGUCUUAAGGAUCAUGGAGUUAUUAAAACUCCAUUAACAGAAGCUUCACUUAACGUUACUGUCUGCAAAGAUGUUAGAAAAUUGGAUGAUUUGUUCUCUCAGAUUCUUACAUUAGGAAAAGGACUUGUUGGAGACGGGAAAAAUCGGUUCUCAGUUGCCAUAGACUCGUUAACCGAGAUGAUAAGACACACGUCACUGUCUUCAGUUGCUUGCCUGUUAAGCAAUCUCCGGAGCCAUGCUCAAGUAUCUAGCAUCUUUUGGCUACUGCAUUCUGAUCUCCAUGACUUGAAAGCUGUUGCUGCUUUUGAAUACAUGUCUUCAAUGGUGGCUAAUGUAAAACCACUUACUUCAGAGAACACUGAUAAGUUUUAUUUGCUUGAACAAAGUUACAAAAGAGGCCAGUUUCAUGCAUCUCUCAAACGAAGAAAUGGUCGCGUUAGGGUUAUGCGUGAAGAGUUUUCCAUUGAGAACUCGUUGAUCAAGUUCACUUCAAUCGCAUACGGGGAGAAUGCGGUUGCACAGAGCCUUGUCCCUAAAGUGCAAUUCAAUUUGCAGCUGUCAGAUAAAGAAAGAAGUGAUAGAGCAAAAGUUGUACUUCCAUUUGAGCACCAGGAAACGGAGAAAUCAGUUCAGAUAUAUGAUGGCCGUAAAUCAGACAAACACGAAUCAAACGGUGCGUAUGUCGAGAACUCGAAGAAACAAGAGGAUUCUGGCAGGGGAGAGAUCAUAUAUUUUCGUGAUUCAGAUGAUGAGAUGCCUGAUUCUGAUGAGGAUCCGGAUGAUGAUUUAGAUAUAUAACCUGUACACAUAUCUGUUACGUUGGAAUACGAAAAUUAUUUGUGUUUUUUUAUUUGAUUUUAGGGCUAACAAACAAAUCAUAGUUGGUGCUUGGAGGCAUUUUUAUAUACAUCAAAAUCUUUUCUUGUA